UGGUAGGGGUAUGUCCAUUUGUUUAUUUAUCCAAGAUGUCUUCAGAGCAGCUACAUGUACAUGUAACAGAAAGCAAAGGCCCAGUUCUUGUGACAGGAUUUGGACCUUUCGGCCAUCACGCUAUAAAUGCCAGCUGGGAAGCUGUCAAGGAGCUGGGAAAACUGGGAAUCGAGUACAAAUCAAAGAAAGUAUCUCUAGAGACCAGGCAGAUCCCGGUUGUGUACAGUGAAGUGUCCUCAACUGUCCCUGGGCUACACGAAGAAGUCAACCCUCGUCUGUGCGUUCAUGUUGGAGUCUCCCCGUAUACAGUGAUGAAGUUGGAGAGAUGUGGCAGGAACAAUGGCUAUCAAAUGAGCGACAUUUACGGCCGUACUCCUUCGUCAGAAUGCUGUGUGUCUGGAGGUCCGGAUGCCAUCACUACUAGAUUUGACAUUGAUAAAGUUUGUCAAAAGCUUAGCCUGAAGCAACACGAUGUUAAAGUCAAAGUUUCUGAAGAUGCUGGCCGUUAUCUGUGUGAUUUCAUCUACUACACAUCGUUACACACGAGUAAAGCUCCCGUGCUGUUUGUCCAUGUUCCUGAGUUGGGAAAUCCCUAUUCUGCCUCUGAACUGGCCCAUGCUUUGAGGGAUCUCAUUGAGUUACUGUUGGAAGAACUUAACAACUGACUGAAUUAUUUUUAGUGUCUGUUAGAUAGCUAAGAAGUACAAGUUUAAUCUGUUCAUAUCUCAUUGCUCUCUAUAAUAAUUAUUAUGUUCCAUUUGUAAAAUAAUUAUCAUAAGACACUGCACAGCAAUGCAUAAUAAUAUAA